AUGCCCUCUACGUCAGCGAUGGAAAAGAUCUGUGAGGAUGGCACCCCGGCCGAGCGCCUCGUUUUGUCAGAGGUGCACGUUGGAAGCAGCGGUCUACAUGAAGAAGCUGAGGUGGUAUCGCGGUACGCCUACCUCACGCCGACAUCUGACGACAACGAGGAUAGCGGCAGCGACAGCGGCAGCGACAGCGAGGAACAGACGAGGCCUAGGGUCGCGAGACAUCGCAAGCGCCCUCGGCACGAGGUAGCCCAGCGCUGCUGCAGGCCAUCUCACGAGGUGCUGACCAUUGUGCACAAGAUGGCGACGACGUUAGGAUUGGUCGGGCAGCAGGUCUGGUCAGCGUCCUUCCUGCUCGGCGACUUCGUGCUGACCCACAACGAGCUGUUCGUGGGCAUGCAGGUGCUCGACCUUGGCGCCGGUCCGGGAGUAGUCGGUUUGAUCGCAGCUCGGGUCGCUCGGCGAUGCUAUCUGACGGACUACCACGAUGAGGUGCUCAAGCUUCUCGAUCGCAACGUAGAGGCAAACAGACACCUUUUUGCCCUUGAGCCAUCGGCAACCCAUGACGACGACGCCGCCGCUCCGAGAGCUGCCGGUGGUGGCGACAGCGAUGUCCAGGUCGAAAGCGGCACUUUGUGCAGCGGUGUUCGUAGCAGCGAUGGAGGAAGAGCUCGGUCAGGGGAUUGCGUGGCGGCGGUGCGGAAGCUGGAUUGGUUCACUUUUUCCAAGGAACAGGAUUCUCUUGACGUCACUACUUGUGAUUCUUUGGAGGAGGACCAGGCGCAGAGCCCGGCUUUUCCGAGCGAGGCAGACUGCGCCGGGAUGGGAGACGUGCAGAACAACACCAAUGAUGACCGCACCACUGGCACUGGCACUUGCGGUCCGUUUUCGUGGAGGAAGGGCGAGCUGGACGGGCUGUCCCUGAUUUCGGAUUCCAAGCGCGGUGGGCCUGUGAUUGUCGCUGCUGACGUCAUCUACGACGAGGGUCUGACGGACGCACUUUUCCAAGCACUUACGUUGCUCAUGCCGGUGCCGUCCUUGCGCGCAAGAGGUCUUGGCAAAGAAGACAGAAACUGCGACAGUAAAGUCUCGAGCACCGCGGACAACGCCACUAAACCACUGCCCCAUCAGACGACACCAUCAACCACACCCACUCCAUCUUGCGAAGAUUCGGCCGUUACCUACGUACCUGUCAGCAAACCCGUCGAUGAUCACGAUUGUCAUCCCCUUGGGACAAAUGCAGUGCUCUACCUCGCUCUCGAGAAACGCUUCAAUUUUUCCGUAGCCGAGUUGUCAGUAGCAGCAACGGGUUACAGCGCUCUCUUGAGGAACGUUGUAGAUGUGACGGAGAACGACGGGGUGGGUACUGGGGUAGACGGCUGUACACAGCAGGGACUGAAGAGCGCCAAGAAAGCGUUCGAGGGCAGAAGACUUCCCCUGUCUUUCCAACAGUGUUUUCGGUAUGAACGGAGCAACGCAAUGGAGCUGUGGGAAAUUCGGCGUAGGCCGGUAAGCAGCGAAAUUUCGAAGUAA